GCUUCCCUUUUUCCCGCGUGGCAAUUUGAAAGAAGAAUCAUUUCUCUUCCUUUGGUCAGAAAAACGGAAGAAACCCUCUUCCCUAUGGAAAUCCUCACAGACGAAAGGGAGGGAGAUAUCUCCAUCUCCGAAAAUCUCGACGAGAACGGAUUUCCAUUUUUACCACUAUCCCCAGAAUCCGAAUCCAGAUACGAAGAGACGGAUGGCUCGAUCCUGGCCGUCGACGGGAGCUUCGUGUCGGAUUUCUACGGCAGCGGGACGGAUUGGUCGUGCUUGAGAGAGGGAGAGUCGGAUCAGAAGAAGCUCGAGCUUGAAAGAGGAACGGAUUGGUCGUGCUUGAAAGAGGGAGAGUCGGAUCGGAAGAAGCUCGUACAAAGAGAUCUCUUCCAGAUGUGGGGAUUUAAGAAGCGUGGCGGACCGUCGGAAUGUAGGGUUUCAUCUCCGCCUGCGAUGAAAAGGGAGAAGCGUCGGAUCAACGGCCACGAUUCGAUUAGCGAUUGGGCGGGUCGGAAAGUUCCUCGUUUGGGGAAGGAGAAGACCGCCGAGCAUUGUGUAGGCGCGCGGCGUGCGUGCCCCUUUUACAAGAAGAUUCCAGGGACGCCUUUCACUGUGGAUGCCUUCUGUUAUGGACUCAUUGAAGGAUGUGAAGCAUAUUUCCUCAGCCACUUCCACCAUGACCAUUAUGGUGGAUUGAGCAAGCGAUGGUCACAUGGCCCUAUCUAUUGCACCCCACUCACCGCUCGCCUAGUAAAAAUGUGUCUCUCUGUAAAUCCACUCUUCAUCCACCCUUUGGAACUAGACACUGAAUAUGUUGUUGAAGGAAUCAAAGUGACAAUGCUGGAAGCUAAUCACUGCCCUGGUGCAGCUCUGAUUCAUUUCCGUCUGGGGGAUGGACGAUGUUAUUUGCACACUGGAGAUUUCAGAGCCUGCAAACUGAUGCAAUCCCACCCUAUUCUUUUAAGCCACCGUGUCAAUGUUCUUUACCUGGAUACUACAUAUUGUAACCCAAAAUACAGGUUCCCUUCCAAAGAAGAUGUUGUGGGUUUUGUUGCGAGGAUUACUAAAAGUACUCUUGCAAAGCAGCCAAAAACUCUCGUUGUUGUUGGGGCCUACAGCAUAGGGAAAGAACACGUUUAUAUUGCUAUAUCCAAGGCGUUAGGGGUCAAUAUAUACACAGAUGCUUCAAGGAGGCGAAUUUUGCAAUCUUUUGGUUGGCCUGAGCUGUCUGGGAAGAUUUGUUCCCUUGGGCAGAGCACACCAUUGCAUGUUCUACCAAUAUCUUCGUUGCGGCCUGAGAGCCUGCAGCAGUACCUGAAGAAGUAUGGGGAGCAGUUCACAGCAGUCUUGGCAUUUCGACCAACAGGCUGGUCGUACUCCGAGGCCAUUGGAAACCAGCUGGAUCUAAUUAGACCUAGUUCAAAAGGCAAUGUUAAGAUCUAUGGUGUUCCUUACAGUGAGCAUUCCAGUUUCUUGGAACUCAGAGACUUUGUUCAGUUCUUGAAGCCUGACAAGAUCAUUCCCACAGUCAACGUCGGGAAUGCUGCUAACCGGGACAAGAUGCAGUCACACUUUCGGGAAUGGCUGAAAACCUGAGGUUUGGAGAAGUUUGAGAGGGUAGGCAACAGUGCGUGUUUGUUGUGACUCACUAAAUUGUGGAAAUUCAUCCUCUGUUCAUGGAACAUGCAUGCGGGCCAAUCUGGGAUGUCCAAAUCAUGGGUCCGAUUGUGGAUGGUGCAGAGUCCAAGGCGACAGAGAUUGUGCAAUUAACCAUUCGGUUGGGGUUCUCAAGUGAACGGUUAAAAAAGAAAAUAAUCAUUCUCAGAUUCAACAGGGUGAAAUCAGAUGGAUAUGAUCAUGUAAUCAAUAUUGCUGGGCAGGAUGUGUUCUCAAUUGGCAUUUAUGUGUGCCACAUGAAUGGUAGAUGAGCUGCUGCAACUUAAAUGAGUUGUGGCAGACAGUGUAGCAUUACUGCACAAGUUUGAGAAUUCUCUUUUGCUUAUCAGAAUUCCAUCCUAUCCCAAUUGGAAAGAGACAACAGAGUUGCUGGAUGAUUGAUGAUCUGAAUUACAGCUCUUAAGUUGUGCAGUAAGAAGCAGAGAAGCUGCUAGCUUAUGAUUUUCAUGGCCUUGGCGGAAAUAUCAAAUUUUCAAACAGGCGAGACCCAUCCAUCUCAAGGUCUGAGCCCAGACAAACCCAUGCUUGUGACCCAUUGACCGCCCAACUGGCUGAGUGAGGUUACAGAAGAGGUUUGCUGUUGAGAUUAGCAACUAGACAGGACUGAUACAAGCCUUGUUUGUUCAUCAGCAUUUCAGCUUCUGCCUGUAGAAUGAUUUAUUUCAAUUGUUGCAUUGUUCUAUUAGUUGGAAUUGAUUAUCAUUUGUAAUAUGAAUAAUCAACGGUAAAGUCGAUAGGUUUGUUC